CAAGAAACACAAAAAAUAAAAUAUGAAAAUUUAAAAAUUUGAUUUUAUUCCGGAACCCAACAGAGUACGUUUGUGUGUGUUAUCCGAGGCAAUGUGGAGGUAGUUCGAUUUCAUGAUGCCUAUUAUUUAUUUAUGAUUUAUUAAACUGUUUACAUUAUACUUAUUUACGUUGUAUAAACCCCACAAAACUGUUUGCACAGUUUGCCUGUGAGCGUAAUGACUUAAUCUUAUUAACCUAACAAUUUUACAAUUAAACUUAUAAUAUUCUAUCUUUAAGAUAAUAACUAAGAUACUAACAAUAUAUAAUUUUUAAGAUAAUAUAUUCACUAAUAUUCAGACUUCCUUUGAUAAAAAUGUAGGCAACGAAAGGUCGUUACUCACAUGCUUGCCAGAAGGUAAGUCUUUAGAGUUCUGCAAAAAGCUUUUCUAUAUUAUUAUUUCGUAUACUGGUGGGCAGGCUGUUGACAAGGUACGGUAUCCUUUUACUGAGUGUUCUGUCCCCAUAGUAAUUAUUUAAUUUAUAUCAAUUUUGUAUUAAUUUGCGUCCAUAAAAGCUUUAUGUCAUAUUUUAACUAAGGACACUAGCUUUUUUGCCGAUUUCACUAACACAGAAGCGAGCGUAACUUUUUGCGUGCGUUAAUACGUUCUCUCUCGAUGUUCUCGGUCAAAAAAUAUAUUAUCCUAAAAUAAAACCUAUAGUAAAAUUAUAAUCAUUAGAAAAGUAACUGGCAGCAAGAUUUAGAAAAGAUUUUGUAAAAAGUCAAAGUGCUAAGAGCUCCCAUCAAAUCAAUUUUGUACUAAGUGUUUUUAGAUCGUUGUAAACAAUAUAUUUCGCAUUUUCAUAGGAGUAUCGUAAUAUUUUAAUAGGAAGUAUUUAUAUUAUUUAGGAGAACAUUGUUAAAUAGCCAGGUUUAGUAGUAAUGAACAUGUCAGAUGAAGAAUAUUCUCGCGCGCCGUCGCGUCCCACUCCACAGGACCUGCCCACCUUCCUACCCUACGCCUGUUACCAGCUCGAAGCGCCCUUCGAUGUAAAAAUCCUCAUCAAGGUGCAAGGUGACUACCAGAAGGCGGAAGACAAGCCGAAGAAAUCUCGGCGAUCGCUAGCCCCAACUGCGACGACGGCAUCGAUGGUGCCGACGUCGGACACGCAGUUACAGAGUUCGGAAAUCAUGUCGCCGCAGUUCUAUGACGACACAGUGAUCGUGCUCACGGCCGUCCUGGACACGUACGGCCGCCUCGUGGAACUCAUUUUCUAUCGCUGCGUCGAGAUCCCCCGCCUCCUCCUCAAAAUAAUCGGGUUCUGCCUCCCCUACCAGACGAAUUUUUACAAACUCACGAUCCGCUGGGGCCCGCUCUCCACGGUCGGGCUGUACGAGAUCAGCAAGUACCUAACCCUGUGCCAGCUCAGUGAGAUCUGCCUGGACGACUCACCGGUCGCCGGACGUAACUAUGAGCUCCUGCUCGGCGAGACGACACACCUGCGGAGUUUGUCUCUCGCUCGUUGUAAGUUGGACGACGACGACACCGCUAAAAUAGCCAACCUGUUGACGCACCCCAAGCCCGCAGCCAAGUUACUUAGCAUUUUGAGUCUAGUCUCGAACAGAAUCGGCGAUAGAGGUGCAAGCGUCUUAGGCCAAACUUUACGCUCCAACCGUACCCUAAAAUAUCUCAAUCUAGCGGGCAACCGUAUCACUGACGUUGGUGCCAGCUAUAUUCUUAGAAGCCUAAUGGAGUUUCUUGUGACACAAGAAGAAAUACUCGCAAAGCGGGCGCGGUUUUUAGAAUAUUUGAAAAUGAAAUACGAUGUUUACAAAAAGUGUAUCAAAGAGCUAAAUCAAGAUAGAAAUCAAGACGACUCGCGAAUGACCAGACGUAGGACCGUAAUGCGGACCCGGAAGACCAGCAUCACGUCGGGCGUGAGCGCGGCGGACGCGCUGCUGUCGCGCGCCGAGAACAUGACGCUGGAGCUGGUGGGCACCUACUUCGACCCCUUCACCACCGACUGCACCACGCCGCGGGAGGGCCAGCUAUACUGUAUUGGUAAUUUAUGUCUAACUUGUCUCAACCUCUCCUACAACAACUUGCACUAUGCGACUGUCGAACUGCUGCACGAUGUUCUGACAUACCAAAGCUGGAUAUCGGGGAAACCUGGUUGCGGGCUGCUGCGCAUCAACGUGGAGGGCAACGCCAUGCCGCAGGAUUGUGACGAGUGGGGGUACAUAGACGAGCUGCUGGAGAGGGCGCAGGUGGCGAAGCCCAAGCUGAUCACUAAGCGCCCCAGCGAGAAGAUCAAGGCGCGCGCAAGCAGGGUCAUCUGACUUAUGUACUAGAUAUAACUCAGCUUUAAGAUGUUUUGUUUAAUUAUUAUAGUUAGAUAAUUUGUUAUAUUAUAUUAGAUAA